CCUUUCAUAAAAAUUUUAAGUCUAAUAGUGCUCCCGCUAACGAGAUUAACUCAGCUGAGCUUAACGUUUAUUUUGUCUUUGUUAUAGAAUUCCCAGUCAGCAAGCCACAUGGCUUUAGCGGGCGUCUGCCUGAUAUUGGCUCUACGCAACUUACGGAUAUUGUGACUCACUACACGAUGACUGACCGCUGGUUUGUUGGGUUAUUAAUGGUGCUUGGGAAAUGGUUGAUUUUCAAGCUUCUUUACACACAUCUUCUGAAGCUGUUCACCACCAACGUCGCUGCAGACAGACGCCGCCAUGAACUCCCGUCGAGGAGUGUCAGUGCGCUCGGCGAUUUCGACCACUUCCUCCUUCGCUGAGCGUAUGGAGGCACUUCGAAAACUUCGAAAGGCAGACCUCGAAACCCUGCAGCUCCCAGAAAUCGGACGUGGUUCGUUCGGCACAGUGUAUGAGAUUCCUGGCACAGAAUGGUGUCUAAAGAAGGCACUCACAUCCCCCCAAACCAUGUUUCCUGAGUUCAUAAACGGUAUGAGGAUCAGCGCCAAGGUAAACAACAAGGCAUGGGGUAUAAUCCUGCAGAGUGGGGAGUUCCCCAAUAUCCUCAUGCCGAGAGUGCCUGAAUACCUCGGCACACAUGGAAUGGAAGAUCACGAGAGUACCACACGGUGGUUUGAGGAGAAUGGCCACAGGUUUCCAGUUGAGAAUGGGGGCCAGAAGUCAGGGUCAGUCAUGUGCCUGGAAAGGAUCAUGCCUCUACAGCAGGUGAUCCGCGAAAGUCUCAUCCAGCUCUACUUCAAGCCCGAGAAACAAGCUGAGGCUCUUGCUGAUGAGAAGAACAAAGCCUGUCUCUGCCGGGUCUAUCUUGGCUCCACAUCGGAGGAGAUAGAACCCGAAAAGCGGGAGCGGGAGUGCAUGACCCUGCAGAACUUUCCACUGUAUCUCGACCAACUGGAAGAGUUGAACAUGGACCCCUUCCUCAUUGCCCGGGACAUGGCCUUGGAUCUCGCAGCCGGCCAUUGGGCUGCUGGGUUCGACAUGCUCGAUGUUGAGUACGUGAUCGGGAGCCGACCCCGCGUCCAGGCAAGACCUUCUCCUUCUUCCAUCUCGUUGAAAGCCGAUGAAAAGGACGUCGCGGAGAAAUCUUUUCAACGCAUGCGAAACGUUGGAGCGAAUGACAACGACCAUCAGACUAGCUUCCGGAACCGCGCUUUUCAGGUUUGGAUGAUCGACUUUAACAAGGUCUCGAGAAUCAACACUACCGUGGGAAAAAAUUAUGGCAGAAACAUCCAAAAGCUGGUCUGCAAUACCCGAGCCACAGACGGUCCUUACUACCCACGAGCAAUAGCGAGGAACGAGAAUGAGUGGAACUUGUGGCUUGAAUUUGCCCGGACCUAUAUUCGGGCAAGCAAAACAAUUCUGCUGGAUAUCAUCGAGUCCGCAGAAGAACUUGGUGCGAAAAUCACGGCCAACUCGAGGGAGCGCCUGCUCAAGCGUCCAAGUCUGUUCAUCAACGGAUGGGUGGAGGCUGAGGCGGUCGAGCGCAACACGACCGGGAAGGAGUUCAGGAAGAAACUCAAGGAAAGCAAAUGGGAGUUGCCCUGAAAGGCAGCAGAGACGGGAGCUUGAUGCUCCAAGUACGGGACAUGAAGGGGCGUAGGACUUGGGUAUGAGCCAGCAAAACCGUGCAAACUGGCAAUCACUUUGUCGUGCCUUAGCUUUUCGGUUAGUUUAGUGUCUAGGUGAAUCUUGAGAAAGCAUGCUAUUGUUCCUCGUGUUCCUUCUGUGGGACCUUCUUCGGCUAGAUGUGGUGUGCUGUUCGUCCUGGGCUGUAUACAUCCUCCCGCCACAAUCACCAGCAUGUUCAGU